AUGUAUUCGCGUAAGUUAUACAUCGUUAUCCAUAAGCAGAGAUUCACGUGCGACGUGUUCCAUACUUUGUACCUCCAGAUCGACAAUGAAUCCCACCAUCCUCAUCUUGGGUUAUCGUCCCUCUUUGGGCUUGCUUUAGGCUUAAAGGCUGGAGAUUGUGAAGUGUGUAUCUCGGUCUUGACUCGGUUCAAAGAUACCUUGGCCAAGGGCGAGGAUAAGAAGACCGAUGUGAUCGAGAAGAAAUUCAAAGCCUAUUGUAAAGACCUCAAAUUGAAGGAGAACAGAUUCUGCUACUAUCUGGGUGGGACCGAGGAUGCUGCCACGGGGAUCUUGUCCAAGAUGUCCCAACCUUUGUCUUGGGGCAUGCCCAUGGAUAAGGUGUGCGAGAAGUUGCAAAAGGCUGACAAACAGAUUUGCGAGCUCCGAUAUGACAAGCAAAUCGACUGGAAGAGCGUGGAUCUGAAGAAGCUGAAGGUGCGUGACCUGAAGAAGAUCUUGAACGAUUGGGACGAGGUCUGCGACGGAUGUCUGGAGAAGAGCGACUUCAUCAAGCGGAUAGAGGAGCUCAAGCCCAAGCACAUGAGAGAGGAGCUCUAAGAGACAUUUGGCACAAUGAGGAUCCCACUCCCACUCCCACUCCCCCUCCCAACAGCGACCCAGUACAGACCACUUCUGGUGCAUAAGUGCAUGCUUCCAAGGAAGCCUCUCAUCUGUGAUCUACUGUACUGUACCGUUGUCUUGUUUGUUUCUUUUUCUAUCUCCGGACGUGUGUGCGCGUGUGUCAUACGCCGCCGUAAAAAAGCGCAAAAGUAGCUUGAUGAUAUUGAAUGUAUGAGAAUUAAAAGCCGAUCUUUCUAGAUAUAGAUCCUUCCAUA